CCUUACUGGUUUUCCGCCGUAAUCACCCCGUCGCCGAUUCCGGCGAUUUCAUUCAUUCUCUCUUCAUCUUCUUCUUCCUCCUCACACAUUUCACACACACACACACACACAACCCAUUAACACAGAAUGAAGUUCCAAAUCGAAGACAUAACCGUCUACUUCCCCUACGACCACAUCUACCCUGAACAACACGCCUACAUGAUCGACCUCAAACGAGCCCUAGACGCCAAGGGCCACUGCCUUCUCGAGAUGCCAACCGGCACCGGCAAAACCAUCGCCCUACUCUCUCUCAUCACCAGUUACUCUCUCUCUAAACCUCUCAAACUCAUCUACUGCACUCGCACCGUUCACGAGAUGGAGAAAACCCUAGCCGAACUCAAACUCUUGCACAAGUACCAGAUCGAGUGUGUUGGACCGGCUGCUAAGAUGCUUGCCCUAGGGCUUAGUUCCAGGAAGAAUUUGUGUGUCAAUCCUGUUGUUGUUGAUAAGGAGAAUCGGGAUUCGGUUGAUGCGGGGUGUAGGAAGCUUACGGCUAGUUGGGUUAGGGCCCUUGCGGUUGAGGAUAGGAGUGUGCAGACGUGUGAUUGGUUUGAGAAGUAUGAGAGGGCCGGUUCGGAUGCGGUUUUGCCGCCUGGAGUCUAUACUUUGCAGGAUCUAAGAGCGUUUGGGAAGGAAAAAGGGUGGUGCCCAUACUUUCUAGCACGACAUAUGGUGCAAUUUGCAAACGUGGUGGUUUAUAGUUACCAGUAUUUGCUUGAUCCCAAGGUAGCUGGGAUUAUAUCAAAGGAAAUGCAGAGAGAAUCUGUCGUGGUGUUUGAUGAGGCUCAUAAUAUUGAUAAUGUGUGCAUUGAGGCACUGAGUGUUAGUGUAAGGAAGCAAACAAUUGAAGGUGCAACUCGAAAUAUCAAUAAGAUGGCUCAGGAGAUUAACAGGUUUAAGGCCACUGAUGCUGGUAGAUUGCGUGCUGAAUAUAAUCGCCUUGUUGAUGGUUUAGCACAAAGAGGGGACUUGCCAACUGGUGACACGUGGCUUGCAAAUCCUGCUUUACCUGAUGACAUUUUAAAGGAAGCAGUACCAGGAAACAUACGGCGAGCAGAGCAUUUUUUGUCUGUUUUACGCAGAUUAGUUCAGUACUUAAAAGGGCGUUUGGAUACAGAUAUCGUUGAAAAAGAGGGCCCACUUACGUUUGUUAAUGCUGUGAAUUCACAUGUUGGAAUUGACCAAAAAAUGCUGAAAUUCUGCUAUGAUCGUUUGCACUCACUUAUGCUAACUUUGGAAAUUACUGAUACCGAUGAAUUUUUGCACAUUCAAACGAUUUGCGACUUUGCAACACUUGUGGGGACAUACACCAGAGGUUUUUCAAUCAUAAUCGAACCUUAUGAUGAGAGAAUGCCUCAUAUUCCAGAUCCAGUUUUGCAGCUCAGCUGCCAUGAUGCUUCUCUUGCAAUAAAGCCCGUAUUCGACAGAUUUCAGUCAGUUGUGAUCACAUCUGGAACCCUAAGUCCAAUCGACCUCUAUCCUCGACUUCUUAAUUUCAAUCCAGUGGUUAGUCGAAGUUUUACCAUGUCGUUAACAAGGGAUUGCAUAUGCCCCAUGGUUCUCUCACGGGGAAGCGAUCAGCUUCCAGUUAGCACAAAAUUUGAUUUGAGAAGUGAUCCUGGAGUGGAAAGAAAUUACGGAAGGCUUUUACUGGAAAUGGUGUCGGUAGUUCCUGAUGGAAUUGUUUGUUUUUUUGUCAGUUACUCGUAUAUGGAUGCAAUUGUCAACAGUUGGAAUGAAACGGGAAUCUUGAAGGACAUUAUGCAACGAAAGUUGGUCUUUAUUGAGACACAAGAUGUCGUUGAAACAACAUUAGCACUAGACAACUAUCGUAAAGCUUGUGAUUGUGGUAGAGGUGCCGUCUUUUUCUCUGUUGCCAGAGGGAAAGUGGCAGAAGGUAUAGACUUUGACCGACAUUACGGAAGACUUGUAAUCAUGUUUGGGGUUCCUUUUCAAUACACAUUAAGCAAGAUAUUACUUGCUCGGUUAGAGUAUUUGCGGGAGACUUUUCAGAUAAAAGAAGGCGACUUUUUGACUUUUGAUGCAUUGAGACAAGCUGCUCAAUGUGUGGGACGAGUUAUCCGUUCAAAAGCAGACUACGGAAUGAUGAUAUUUGCUGACAAAAGAUAUACAAGACAUGACAAACGCUCCAAAUUGCCUGGAUGGAUUCUGUCUCAUCUGCGUGAUGCACACCUCAACUUGAGUACAGAUAUGGCGGUUCAUAUAGCAAGAGAGUUUCUGAGGAAAAUGGCACAACCAUAUGAUAAAACUGGUGGCGGAAAGAAGACCCUUUUAUCACAAGAAGAUUUGGAGAAGAUGAAUGGUGUUGAAGGAAUGAUGUUUUGAGGAACAAACAACUGGAUCAAGAUAUAGAAUCGGUUUACAACUGGAAAAGGUUUUGCUCGUUUUAUUACGAUUAUCAGUCCGUUUCGGAAGGGUGUGUUGUAUACUAGUCAUUUCCGAUCUUUAUCAAGUACUCGGUUUUUUAAACCUUUUUAUUUAAUCUAGUUGCUCAAUAACUCCUACAGUAUUUUUUUUACUAUAUUCUUUAGUCAAAGGGGCAUAUUGAAUAAACUA